ACCGCAAGUCGCUAGCAACAGCCGCAAGUGCCCACACAGCAGAUUCGGGACAAGACUCCAGAGUAGGUCGGUGCCCGCGACCUCAAGACCAUGAGUAAGGAACAGAUAGUGAGGGGGAACGAGCAACGUGGAGCUUCCAUUGGAACAAUCAUUCCAUUUAGGAUAGAAAGUCCUCACAAGCUCGAUGAAGUGGAAUUGGCUUUGGACAAUCUUCAAGAGGCCAAAUCAGUGCUGCAGCAGAUUGAGAACAAGUUGCAUUUUCAAGAGGAGGACCCUCUUGGAGAGCCGAGCUUCCCAAAACGAUCACAGUCCGAGGCAUUUGGAUGUGGUGUGAAUUGCACUGGCAACACUACAAAGCAAGAUGGUUCUCCCCAACAACCACGUUCCCGAAAAUCCUGUGGACCAGACAAACACAAAGCCCUGAGUUCUGAGUGGUCUCCUUCCUUAAGCAGGACAAAUAACACUGGAAAUUUCAAUUCCUUGGGGAAGAAUUGUCAUUCUUCAAGCAGAAUGUUCUGGAAUGAGAGAUCGAGCCCCUUAUACAAUGACAUAAUUGACCAAGACAUUUCACUGUCUGCACUUAAUCGUACAAUACUAUCCAGCAACCAAGAUAAAAAUAAUAGCCGAUCAACAAGAGUUACUCCAACAAGAUUGCAUGCAUUGGGUGAUGUGGACACGAUGGAAAAUUAUUGGUUCAUGACUGGUGAUCAAGAGACUUGCAGUGGCUUUGAACUGUCCAACCAACAUCUGCUUGACGAAAGAAGGCUAGUUGGGAAUGACAGCAAUUUGACCCUUGAUUGUUCAAUCAAAAGACGGAUCUUGCAAGAGAGGAAAAGAUCUCCUGACCCAUCAAUCAGUGCCUUGCCCCCUACCCCACCUGGAAGUCCAUUAACUCAGCGGCUGGAGCAGAGUCAUUCUCCUGUGAACAAAUUGGAGAGACUUAAAGAGCGGAUCAGGAGACAGAGGAAUUUGGAAAAGGUGAAGGGGACUCUCUCAAAUCGACCACAUGCAGAGCAACCUGUCCCAGCUCUCAAAAUGAAGUUUGGAGACACUUUCAAUAAUGGAUCAAUGAAGCAUUGGGUCAGGAAGAUGACCUUUGCCCCUCCUGCGCCAGCCUAUAAAGCAACUCAUGAAGCUCCCAUCUGA